AUGCCAAGGAUAGAGGAGGAUGAGCCUCAAGUGGUGAUUGAUAUUGCAAGCUCAAAGCCAUAUGUGAGGCCUCCACCACCUCCACCUUUUGUACCUAAGAUACCGUUCCCAAGCUGGUUGAGGAAGGUUCCGGACAAUGCAAAGUUCCAUAAGUUUCUUGAAAUAUUCAAGAAACUUCAAAUUAACCUAAGCCUAGUGGAUGCUUUGCGGGAGAUUCCCCAAUAUGCUAAGUUUUUAAAGGACAUCAUAACCAAAAAGAGGAGUUGGGAUAAUGGUGCAACAAUCUUCGUCCUAGAAGUUUGUAGCCCAAUAAUCUUGAGCGAUCUACCGGCUAAGUUAAAGGGCCCAGGGAGUUUCUCUAUACCUUGCACUAUAGGAAAUAUGAGUUCUAUAAAUUGCUUAUGUGGUCUAGGUGCUAGUAUUAAUAUCGUCCCUCUAACUCUUUUCAGGACGCUAUGUGGGGAGAAAACCGUGAAGAACACCUUGAUGGUACUCCAACUAGCGGAUCACUCGUUGAAGAGGCCUUAUGGGAUUGUUGAGGAUGUGCUUGUCAUGGUGGAUAAGUUCAUCUUUCCGGUUGAUUUUGUUAUUUUGGAUUAUGCAGUGGACAAGGAAUGCCCAAUGAUCUUAGGGCGCCACUUUAUGAAUACCGGAAGAGCUUUGAUUGAUGUGCAUGGGGGAAAGUUGACCAUGCGAAUUGAUGAAGAGACGGUUAAGUUUGAUAUGAAGAAAUUCAUAAGGGGUACCAUCGAGGAGGAAGAUUGCAUGAGGGUUGAUUUUGUGGAUGAACUUGUGAGGGAUCAACUUGAAGCAAAUAUGGAAGUGUUUAAUCAAGGCGGAAGGAAGAAAAUUCAGAUUUCGGACUCCUCAGAUGACUUUCUCGAAUCGAGACAUCCUACUUAUUAG